ACCAGAAGGGAGGGACCCGCUUUCCCCCCGUGCUGAUGCUCCAAGGAGACUCCGGUUCUUUCCCCCAGCCGCAGCAAAAUCUCGGGGUGCCAAAGAGUCCCCCCGGCCGCCGCCAGCCCGCUCGCUCGCUCCCGCUCUCGGGGCCCGGGGCGUGCCUCCCCCCUGCUCCUGGAGGAGAGAAGCGAAGACAUGGAGCUUUGCAACUUGCACCAAGCUGGGGCCAUCUGAUCGCCGCAACGUGGACUGGAAAUUAACAAGCCCUUUCCCCUCUUGGCACAGCCCGGCCGGGCGGCGGGGGAAGAGAUCCAGCCUCCUGCGUGGUUGCAUUGGGAUUUGUUCCCCGGUGAAGGGCUCCGACCUGCCCCCAGGGUCCGGAGGGGGAGGCGGUGAAGGGGAGCAUGACCUGUCCUCCGCCUGCUUUCAGGGAUCGGCGGUGCUAAGGCAGAGCGCUCUGCCCCUGAGGACGUGGUCGCCGGAGGAAGAAGGAGAGCUCCCCGCUGUGGGAGGGGAGGGGGGGGGAAGCCGGGUCCGGGCUCCCUCUUGGAGCAAUUUUUGCACCCCCAGAAGGGAGGCUGUCCGCGACAAUCGGUGGAUUUUCAAGGGGCCCCUGCGCAGCCUGCCCCGCCAGAUUUGCUUGGUGCGCCCGAUAUUUAUUGCCCCUGCCUGGGUCGUGUUUGUAUUUUCCUUUGCCAUUUCUUUUUGGAAGGGGGUUGGGGUGCAAACCCAAGCCAGCAGCUCGCCUGAGCCCCCGCGUCGCGCCCGCUGUUUGAGUAAGGAACUCUGAUGGCUCCGCACCGGCGGCCGAGUUGCCCUGGGUGCUGGUGGACUGCUGGAGUUUGCUUGCUGGUGGCUUCCCUCUUACCAGGGCUCCGGGCUCAGACCGUCCUGGUCAAUGACACAGUCUCGGGGUUCAUCGGGACGGAUGUGGUCCUUCACUGCAGCUUCACCAACCCGCUCCCCAGUGUGAAGAUCACGCAGGUCACGUGGCAGAAGGCCACCAAUGGCUCCAAGCAGAAUGUGGCCAUCUACAACCCUGCCAUGGGAGUCUCCAUCCUCUCCCCCUACAAAGAGCGCGUGACCUUUCUAAACCCCUCCUUUAAGGAUGGCACCAUCCAGCUGUCCCGGCUGGAGCUGGAGGAUGAGGGCGUGUACAUCUGCGAAUUUGCCACCUUCCCAACCGGCAACAGGGAGAGCCAGCUGAACCUCACCGUGCUGGCCAAGCCCACCAACCGGAUGGAGGGCACCACCCGGCCCCUCGUAGCCAGAUCCAGCAAGACGGAAAAGAUCUUGGUAGCCACCUGCAUGUCCUCCAAUGGGAAGCCGCCCAGCACCGUCACCUGGGACACCAAGCUCAAAGGGGAGGCGGAGUUCCAGGAGAUCAAGAACAGCAAUGGCACCAUCACGGUGAUCAGCCGGUACCGCCUGGUGCCGAGCCGGGAGGCCCACCGGCAGCAGCUCAUGUGCGUGGUCAAUUACCAGCUGGACCGUUUCACCGACAGCAUGACUCUCAAUGUUCAGUAUGAGCCAGAAGUCACCAUCGAGGGCUUUGACGGCAACUGGUUUUUGAAUCGGAAGGAUGUGAAACUGACGUGCAAAUCCGAUGCCAACCCCCCCGCUACCACCUACCAAUGGAGGCUGCUGAACGGCUCGCUACCCGAGAACGUAGAAGUCCAGAACAACACCCUCUUCUUCAAAGGGCCCGUCUCCUACAGCCUGGCAGGGACGUACAUCUGUGAGGCCACCAACACCAUCGGCACACGGUCGGGGCUCGUGGAAGUUAAUGUCACAGAAUUCCCCUCCACCCCGCCUCCCAACGAUGACCGCAAAUCAGUGACGCAGCCGAACAUCCCCACGGCCGUGAUUGGGGGCGUGGUGGGCGGAGUCUCGCUGGUCCUGGUGGUGGCCGUGGUGCUCUUUGUGGUGCUCCGGCGCCGGCGUCACACCUUCAAGGGCGACUACAGCACCAAGAAGCACGUGUACGGCAAUGGGUACAGCAAGGCCGGCGUCCCGCAGCACCACCCCCCCAUGGCCCAGAACCUGCAGUAUCCCGACGACUCGGACGACGAGAAGAAGCCGGGCCCGCUCGGGGGCAGCAGCUACGAGGACGAAGAGGAGGACGCCGGAGGCGAGCGCAAGCUGGGCCUCGCCAACAAGUACGAGGACGACGCCAAGCGGCCUUACUUCACGGUAGACGAGACCGGGGCCCACACGGAGCCCUACGGUGAAAGGACACUCGGUUUCCAGUAUGAUCCCGAGCAGCUGGACCUGGCCGAGAACAUGGUCUCCCAGAAUGACGGAUCUUUUAUUUCCAAAAAAGAGUGGUACGUGUAGCUCACCCCCUCUCCCGACCCCCACUCAUGCGCUUCCCCGCCCCGCUCUCUAGACCCCGGCCGAGGGCUGUUCGCACAUGCAUCGCGCACGCGCGCUUACAUCCAUGCACGUCCACUGCUGCCCGGCCCAAGAGAGCUCGAAAGAGACUUGAGACACCUGCCACUCACUCGGAGGCAACGGGAGAGGGGAGGGAGGGGCUGGUAGCUUUGCUUUUGGAUCGUUUUUUGGGGGGAGGUUGUUUUGGUUGGUUGGUUUGUUUUUUUAAUUUCUCCCAAUGACUUUGUCCCCUUCUGUGGUGUUAGUACUGAUCGGUGGCUUAGGUGUUACUAUUUGCUUUAACUACUACUGCCCAUCCUUGUAUAAUAUGCCCUGUUUGUGUCUUAGUGUAUCUAAUCGCCCUUCCCCAAAGACCCCUCCCGCUCCAUGCCCCCCGAAACACUGGAAUAUGUUUGUAUGUUGUCUUAUUUGGGGGUGGGGGGAGUCCAUGGGAGGGCAAAAAAACAGGAGGACCAAGGAGGGGAAAAGCACAAAGCAAUGAAGACCUAGAUGCCAUAUCAGAUGAAUUUUUUUGGUUUGUUUUUUUGUGGUGUUUCCAUUACCCACAAUGCGCCUGUGACGAGCAAGUCUCAGUGUUAAGCAUGUUAUAAACAAAUAAGAAUCAAAGGAAACUAAGCAAAAUCCAAGGCGCACGGGGCUGUUAUUGGCACAGGGAAAUGGAGCUGCCGUUUUCUGCCUCCCAUUUAUUAUCCCUUUACAGUAUUUAAAAACAAACCAACAAAAA